GUGCACCACACACCAAGCGCAACGACUUUUAGUUUUUACUGUAAUGAGAACGCAACCUUUUAUAUAAAAAAGAAAGCUGCAACACCUUUUCUCCCUGUCUGAAGAACUGCUAAGGCACGAUUGUGUGAAGAUGGAGAACUGGAGAGGAUCAUCCAGAAAACCUGUCAGUGUUCAGAGUAUUGUUCUUCUGGGAAAGAGUGUGUCAGAAAACAGUCGCGUGGGAAACGUCAUAUUAGAACGAGAAGCAUUUGACGGUAAAGCUCCUCCAGAUGUUGUAGAGAGAGUCGGAGGAAGACUGAAGGACAGAUAUAUGAUGGUCAUCAACAGUCCUCAGCUGCUCCAGACAUACAUCUCAAAUCAUCAGAUCACACAGACAGUGAAGGAGUGUGUGCAUCUGUCUGAUCCAGGACCACAUGCGUUUAUAAUAAUACUGCAGGAUAAAGAUUUCACUGAGGAGGACAUGAGAAGAGUGAAACAAGUGCUGAAAGAAUUCAGCGAAGAAGCAAUUAAACGAACCCUAAUGAUAACGACUGAUGAAGAGACGUGUGGUGUUAGGGGUGCACCUGUGAAAGUGAAUGAAUUCAUUCAUCAGUUAGCUGUAGAGUGCGGAGGAGGACAUGUUCAGCUAGGAGGAAAACCCGAAUGGCACUCUGAGAUAUUCCAAAGGUUAGAAAAUAUACUGAAGAAAAGCUUUCUUGUACGUCAAGUGCAUAUGGAAAAAGAAGGAGCCUCAUUGGAUGAAAACAAGGUCAGAUCUGGAAGUUCAGUCAAAGUCGAAAAUGAAGAGGAAGAUUCUGAUGGAGAGGAUGAUGGAAGCACAGAUGUCAACAGGAAACAGAAGCUGAACUUGGUGUUGUGUGGAAGUGAUGAAACACUGAAGAAAUACAUAUCCAAGAUUAUAAGAGGGAAAAAGAAACUGCUCCACCUCUACCAGAGAAAGAGAAAUAAAGAAUGUGUGAGGAGAGACGUAGAGCUUCAUGGACGCUUGAUCAGUCUGGUGGCGCUUCCAGGUCUGUUCAAAACUCAGCUCUCAGAAGAGGAAGUGAUGUGUCAGACUCUCCGCUGUGUGUCUCUCUGUGAUCCUGGAGUACAUGUUUUCCUCCUCGUUAUUCCUAAUGCUCCACUUUCUAAUGAAGACAAAGCAGAAAUGGACAAGAUCCAGAGGAUUUUCAGCUCAAGAAUCAACAAUCACCUCAUGGUUCUCAUAAACCAAGAGAAAAAAAUGAAUAACAAACCAAAUAUGUUACAUACUUCCAUUGCUAAUAUGUCUAAUAAGACAUGUCAAGGUCGAUAUUUUGUUUUGGAGAACAACUCACAAGUUCCAGCUAUGUUGCAGGAGGUGGAGACAAUGGUAAAAAUGAACAAUGGAAGUUGCUACACAACCUUCAUGUGCCUUCAGGCUCAAGUUGAAUUGGAAAGAAGCAAAUACACUGCUGAAAUAGAAGAACUGAAAAGAUCUGUGAUGAAAACUCAAUCAGCAGCAGCAGGUGUAACACAAGCUGAUGAUGAUGGUGAUCUGAGGAUUGUGCUGCUGGGAAAAACGGGUGUUGGGAAAAGUGCGACAGGAAACACCAUACUGAGAAGGGAGGCUUUUACGUCAAAGUUAGCUUCACGGUCAGUGACCAGAGAGUGCCAGAAAGAAACCACUGAGUUCAACAAAAGACAGAUAACGGUGAUUGACACUCCAGGCCUGUUUGAUACUGUGGUUGAUAAUGCUGAGACCGGGAGGGAGAUUGUAAAGUGCGUCUCAAUGGCAGCUCCUGGUCCACAUGUGUUUCUGCUGGUGAUUCCAUUGGGACGAUUCACCAAAGAGGAGAAGGAUGCAGUAAAGAUGGUCCAGGAGAUGUUUGGUUAUAAAUCCAGAAUGUACACCAUGGUGCUUUUCACCAGAGGAGAUGAUCUCAGAGGAACAAGAGUUGAAGAAUUUAUUGACGAUGAUGGUAGCUUAAAGAACCUUGUCCAGCAAUGUGGAAAGAGAUAUCAUGUGUUCAAUAACACAAAUAAUACAGAGAUGCAGGUUUCUGAGCUGCUGGAUAAGAUUGACUGUAUGAUGGCAGUCAAUGGAAGGAGCUUCUACACCAAUGAGAUGUUUCAGCAGGUGGAGAAGAAUAUUAGAGAUGAACAAGAGAGAAUACUGAAAGAAAAAGAAGAAGAGAUCAAGAGAAAAGAAGAAGAGCUGAGAGCCACAUAUGAAGAAGAAAUAGAGCAAAUCAAGAAAGAAAAUGAGAGAGAAAGGCAAGAAAUGCAGAUUGAACUAAGAAAAAAUGAAGAGGAGUUUAAAAAGAAAGAAGAAGAAAUCAAGAAAGAAACUGAUGAGGGUCUACAAGAAGAGCUGAAGAGAAAACUGGAAGAACAGCAGACACUAUUUGAGCAAGAAAAUAAAAUAAAAGAAAAAGCUUUAGAAGAACAGCAACAGAACAUCAUAAAAUAUCUUGAAGAAAAACAUGAGAAAGAAAAACACAAACUCCAAGAGAAAAUUCAACAUGAAACAAGGGAACAAGCAGAGUGUGAAUUUAGUGAAAAACUUCAAUCAGAAGUUGCUAAAGUUCUACAAGAUUUUGAAGCAAAAGUACCGUAUAGAUCAAGACGAGCUCGUGACUGGAGUAAAUAUGUUCCCGUUAUUGGAGGAGCUCUUGGAAGCUUUGCUGGCUCUUUUGAAGACAUUGCACGUUCGUUCAUCAAUUUACAUUAUAAACGUAAAGCACAAAGUCAAACUGAGUCAUGAGCUCAGGUAAAUCGGGGGAAAUCAUCUAGAGCCACAUUAAGAUGCCAAUUCCCGUAUUUUACGCACUAUAAGGCGCACCUUCAAUGAAUGGCCUAUUUUAGAACUGUUUUCAUAAAUAGUGCGCACCGUUUUCAUAAGGCGCAUAGAAUAGAAGAUACUGUAGUCAAACGUUUGACUAGGUUUGAUGGAGUGUGCUAAAGGGAAUGUCAACAUUUUGACAGAAAGCCUUGAUCCAUAUAUAAGGCGCACUGUUGUUUUUUGAGAAAAUUAAAGGCUUUUAAGUCCGCCUUAUAGUGCGGAAAAUACGGUAUACUUAAAGUGAAAUUCAGUACACAGAUUUCAUUAUUUUUUUUAUUUUUUUUUUCUUCUGAUCUCUGAUUCCCAAUGAAACCCCAUUUGUAUAUCUGCAACAGUUAUAAUUAUCCCAAGUAAAGGUGUACAUCAUUUCUGUUAAGCAAAUGUAUACACAAUCGCAAAAAAGCAAGUUAAAGCAUAAUCUCUUCAGCAAGUAUUUCAAGCUAUUGGCCCUGAUUUGUUGUCUGUCAUCAACAAAUGUCUUUCUACUGGGACCGUACCUGACAGCCUUCAACAUACCUCUGUCCAGCCUCAUCUAAAUAAAAAAACAAAUUCUAAUCCUAUGCUUCUGAGUAAUUUUCACCUCAUUUACCUUUCUUCUCAAAAAUUGAGCCAACUUAUGCCUUUUUUGAAUGAUAACAAUAUACACAAUAAAUUUUAGUCUGGUUUUAAAGCCCGUCACAGCACCGAAUCCGCCCUCUUAAGAGUCAUGAAUGAUGUAAUACUUACAAAUGAUACCGGGCAGUCUGGGGCUUUGGUCUUGCUAGAGACCAAGAAUUGAUUUCAAAGUUUUGUUAUUUAUUUUUAAGUCUUUGUGGAACCAGGCACCACAGUACCUAUCUGAACUACUGCAUCCACCUUCUCAGACUAGACCACUUAGAUCUAAUGAC